UUCUGACUGUAGCGAUAUUCCACGAUGUUAUAUUGGGUGCAUUAUACACCUAAGUCAUCAUGGUAACUGUUAAAAUAGGAGCUCCCUCUAGUGUGGGCUGUAUUGGGAUUGCGCACGGUUUCCGUUUAUGUGCCUGGAUCAUGAUUGUUCUGCGUGUAUCAUAUCCUGCCGGCGUCAUAAAAACUCCCCGAGGCUCUCCUGAAACUGUUGCGUGGUUCUUUAGGAUCUGAAGUCACCACAUUCCCUUAUUUCCCAGCUGCCGAUGACGCAACGCUUCAACUGCUCCCAGGUCGAUCACAAUGUACUGGGACUCGCUCCCCCUGUGCGAGUAAAAGGUCAUACCGACUCGUAUGAUCACCAAGGUCAGUCUGUGGCUAGUGAAAGGGUCGGGCUGGAAGAAAGCUAUUCAGUGGGUCAGGCCUCGGAUCGUCGUUGGACAUGCUGCUUUGUGAGCUUUGCAAGAGCACUCUUUACUGCGACACCUAAAUCUCUCACUGGGACACCCCAGCCGCCUGCGGAGGUGGUGAUCUGUUUGCGUCCGACUGAAAGCCCACCUGCCCUGAAGCAGCGGGAUCCCUCUCCGGUGGUACCUGGACAGACCUCCAGGAGCAGCCGUGGUGGCUCCGCCCCCCAGGUUCCAGUCGGAAGAGGGCUGGCUAAGCCCACAGCAGGACUCGCGUUUGCUAGCCCAAGGCCAUGCUGCCGUCCCUCCUUCUCCCGGCCCUGUAAUGUCAUCCACGCAUCCCUUAAGCUACCUGGAGCAGGGGUGAAAUUUUGGAGCAUCAGACCACUUGUCCAAGCAGCAGCUACAGCAGAGGGAUAUAGAGUCUCAAAUCUCCGCAGGUAUCAACCGACAGGUCCGUCCCUCUUGCCAAUGCAGUCAUCGAUACUGGACCCCUCGUUCCAUUGUGAAACCUCCACAGGUAAUGUGCUCCUAGACCCUGCACCUGCAUUCUCCAAGUGGGUCUCCUGGGCGACUCAGAUCGCCCGAUAUCCCUGUUCUCUCUCCUGGCUGAAUUUCUCCCCAGUCUGCCCUUGUGAAUGCAGGUGCGCUGCUUAUUGUCAGGAAUGGCAUGGAUACUGGAUGAAGCAGCUCCGCUGACACAGGUUCGACUCCAUGAACCAUCUUUGGGGUGAAACCACUCUGGUCCUUUAGAGUAAGGUACAGUAUAAACAUAAAGUAACAAGAUUAAAUUAAUCAGGUGCACAUAAACAUGAACACAGUACUUGUCAGAUUACUAGUUUAGGACAUACAUCAAGUAUACAGUACUUUUGACUUUAAAUUAUUCUCACCUAAUUCAUUUUAAUAAUUUUGCUUCAGAUUCUCUGUAAUAUUUUUACAUUUCACAGAAACUAAUUUAGCAUAUUUAUAUCCUGCAAAGCAGAACUGAAGCCUGCAAAGGAUUGGGUAACACUUUACUUGAGAAGGCACUGUAGUAGUACACUCUGGCUUAUAGUAAACAAGUAGUCCGCUUAGUGUUCAUUUUCAAAUUUUUAUACAUGGCAAAAUAUGGAAAAAAUUAAACCUACAUGGUAAUUCUUUUUUUUUCUUAGUAUACUCCGUAUCUAUCUAGAGCCAAGUCUGUUCAGACACACAGGGAAUUUGUCAAUGGCACUCAUACAUUAGAUACUUAAACAGUAAGGAUUAGACGAUGGUCAUAUGCAGUCUGGUUUAUAUAUACAACGUGCAUGUGUGGAUGAUAAGUGUAUAAAAAGUGCAAGGAAUGCUGGAAUAAAUGCAAUAUGCACAAUACAAUAGCAAUGAGUUAUUGUGUGGUAAAGGGGUGGUAACUGAGCUGAGAUCAGCUGUUCAUGAGAGUGAUUGCUGUUGGGAAGAGACUGUUCUUGUGUUUGUUUUGGUGCACAGUGAUUUGUAGCACCUGCCAGAGAGGGUAAAUUCAAAGAGGUUGUGGCCUGGGGGUGAGGAGUCUGUGACGAUUUUCCCUGCACGCUUACUGACUCACGAUGAGUACAGGUCCUGGAGGAUGGGCAGGGUGACAGGUUAUGUCCCAGCUGUGAGGAGUCUGUGAUGAUUUUCCCUGCCCACUUCCUGACUCCUGGAGGGUGUCUUUGAUGUAUUUGUCAUUGAGAGAAAAUGACUUUCUCCGGUCAUGUUUUCUGUGCACACAUCAUUAGCCUCAGGUAGCUAGCCAGUAGCAGACGGGUUACUGCAAUCAAAGUAGAAAAAAAAAUUACCAUAGGUUUAAUUUUUUCCAUGUAUCCUUUGUCAACCUUAAAAUGAUCACUGUAAACGGAGUACUUGAUUACUAUAAGCAAAUUAUUUACUUUUAUUUGUACAGUAAUGAUUCUGUCCGAAGCUUUUUGAUCCAUAUAAGCAGGUUAUCACUAUAACUGAUCACUAUAAGCGGGUUCCACUGUAAUACACAAAACAAUAUUUGGUUAAUUUAUUGCUAUAAGUUUAAGCAUAUAUCUAGUCAUACAGCCCCUUUUUAAAUGUUGCUUAUGUGGUAAACCAAUGUGUUUAAGAAAUGCAAGUGAAAGGGGACUUUAGAAUUGAGGGUUAGGAAUAAAUUCUCUGUUAAUACAAAAAGUUACAUGGUUUAGCGUUCUGUAAGAUCUAACCGUUUCAGUUGUAAGUAUGUAGAUUUUGGGGUGAUUGUUACCUGAAAAUGAAAGCGGUUGUCACACUUUCAAAAGUAGUUAGAUGCCAUCAUCUAAGUAAAAGAAGCUCCAUCGCAUAUCAUGUGCUGUGUUCUCUGCCGAUUAAAGCAAGUUAAUAGCAUGUAGGCUGUCAUACUGAUUUGUUUUGAAAGAUAGUCUAGUUACAUAGUCCAAUUCAUUUAAUGACAUUUACUUAUGAGAUAUCUUUUGAGAUUCGAAAAAAGAUUUAUGUUUAAUGGGAAUUAUUUUCUUAUUAGGACAUGUACAGAGUGCACAAAUUAACCUGAAAUCGUAACCUGUAGCUGAAGAGAGGCUUUCCAGCAUUAAGUGCUCCCUUGUACCACUUACUCGAGGACAGCAGUGCAUAUGGAUAGUUCUACGGUCGGAGUACGAACUCAGCUCCAGCCAGCCAAUCAGCCUUCUGCCUGUCCCACCUCCAGGUGCCCCCACUUCCCAGAAUCCACGCUGGCCAACGUCUAAGACGUCCAAAUAUGCCAUGCCAAGUUCCACUCCAUUAUACCAUAAUACCAUUAAGACCAUUGCCACGUCUGAUGAAGUGAGGCUCCCAGAUCAUCUGCUAAUACCAAAUAUGUGUAUAGAUGUUUAAUACUGUAUAUUUAAUACGUUUUCCUGUUAUUGCAGUUGGUGUUAUUUCUAAAUUAUUUACUUUUUAAACAGAUGAAAAAACUGUAAACAGAUGUAAUUAGUAUCAUGGCUCACAUGACAUCAGAAGGAAAUUUGCUCAGUCGUCAAAAAAAAUACUAUACCGGUCAAAAGUUUGGACACACCCAUAGAAAGGUUUAUUUGUGAUACUCUCUAAAAGAGUACUAUGGAAGAGGAUUAGGGCCACCAUGAAA